UCUCCCCUUACUCUACCCCUAUUAUCUCCGCUCUUGAGUUUAGUUCUACAGAGAAACAAAAGACAAAACAAUACAAGCCUAGGAAUUUUAUGUCAGGUUCCGAAUGAAAUACUCGGUUGGUAAGAGGCGUAACGAUGUCAAAUAUCCCAACUUCUCUCUCUGAAGUCUGCCUUACACUCUUUCGCCUUGCUAUGUCCAUAGCUGAUCCUUGGCCCUUUUCCUAAUACAACAAUACCCCUUUUCUGUCCUUUUUCUUCUACGCUCCAAAAAAACGAAAAAACAGAGCCAAAAGCCUCUUUAUUGACGUUGUCCCGAUUACUACCAGACACAACUGAUGAGAAAGAUAAGAGGUUUCAAGAUCGGAAAACGGUUGGUCCGGAUCUCGAGGUGGUUCAUUCGCAAAGCUCGGCACCCACGUGGGUACUGUCGCCUGACACAAUCAGAAUCAAAAUCGUUUUGUAAGUCCAAGUCUUUCUCGAAGCUCAUUAGCUGGGGUCAAUGCUUGACAAAAAGGGCUAAAUCUAUAUGCUCAUCAAAGCCCGGGUUGGGUUACGUUCCUAUUGGUCAAGACCCAAUCAACGAGAAGCUUACGGAAGUUCCGAAAGGACACUUGGCCAUCUAUAUCGGCCAAAAAGACGGCGAUUACCAUAGAGUUUUGGUGCCGGUUAUUUAUUUUAACCACCCUUUGUUUGGCGAGCUGUUAAGGGAAGCCGAAGAGGAGUAUGGGUUUAGCCACCAAGGAGGUAUCACCAUUCCCUGUCGAUUCUCGGAGUUCGAGAGGGUCCAGACUCGUAUCGCAGCUGGAACCGGUGGAAGGAAAAUGGUAUGGAAGCGCCACCACCAUUGAAAAAGGCUGAGCCUUGGCUGGUGCUGCUGGUUAAAAAAUGAAAUAGAAGUUGAUGACGACGAUAAUUUAUUAUUUUUAGUGAUUGUAGUAAUGAUUUUUGCAGGGAUUUUUUUGUUUAAGUAGCAUUUUGGUAAAUUACAUAAAAUUACCAAAUCAUUCGUGAAAUAAUUUUUAAUAGAUUUAUAUAUUUUAAAA